CCAGCCUCUGAUUGGUCCACAGCGAGUCAUGUGACCCUCUCCCAAGCGGAGUUUCCACGACAGCUGGAAGCCGAGCGGCACGGGCGCAUCGCUUCUUUGCUAAAAUUAUAGGAAAUAACCAGACUUGAACUCGUCUCAGCACCUCCAGAGAAACCCUGGUCUGGUAUGGGCGACAAGAGGAGUCCCACAAGGCCGAAGCGUCAACCGAAGCCCUCCUCCGACGAGGGGUUUUGGGACUGCAGCGUGUGCACGUACAAGAACACGGCAGAGGCUUUUAAGUGCAUGAUGUGUGAUGUCAGGAAGGGGACGUCAACAAGGAAGCCUCGUCCCGUCUCCCAGCUCGUAUCGCAGCAGCAGGUAACGCAGCAGUUUGUGUUGCCCUCGCAGCCCAAGAAGGAAAAGAAGGAGAAAGUAGAGCGGGAGAAGAGCGACAGAGAGCCGGCACUCAAGAAGAACAGUCACAAGAAGAUGAGGCCGAGGUUAAAAAACAUUGACCGGAGCAGCGCCCAGCACCUGGAGGUGACGGUUGGGGACCUGACAGUCAUCAUAACGGACUUUAAGGAGAAGGCCAAGCCCUCGUCCACCUCGGCCCCGCCGUCCAGCACCGUGGCCACCGCCGACCACCACAGCCAGAACGGCUCCAGCUCAGAGAACACAGAGAAGGGGCUUUCCCGCUCCUCCUCGCCCAGAGGAGAGGGGAGCUCGGUCAACGGAGAGUCCCACUGAGUCACCCCCCACCUCACCACCCCCCCAACUCCCUUCCCCCGGCCUCCACUCAUCUGCAAGCCCACAGGACACUGGUGGAGCUUCCUGCCUCUGCUUUAAGAGCUGCACAUUACUUUCUUUUGGAUCUAUAGGAAGUGUGACGAAACAGCAUCAGAUUUGGCGAGUUUAAAAAUCAAGAUUCUCCACAGCACUGGAAUUCUGCAUUUUAGAAAGCAAUAUGAUAGACCUUUUUGCUCCACCGUCAAAGUGUUUCCAUUUUUCCCUUGGACGUUUGGUGGAAUCAAAAGGAUCCCGUACGCCGUCCAAACGUCAUUACGAGAAAUAUUUACAAAGACUGCUUUAUUCUGACAAGGAACUUCCUCAGAACUCACCUGAGACGUGUCUGAAUAAAUGUUUGGACAAGCUUUAAAAAAGGAUCCUGUGCGGUUUUCCUUCAAGAUGCACCUGCCCGUCGAGCUUCUUCUUUUGAAAAAAUAUUUUUCUUGAACGAAAUGUGCAUCCCCACUCUUGACAUCACCUUCAGUGGCCGGCAGAGUGACCUAUUCUUCCCCCGUGUGGAAUCUUCAGCCUCUGUCUGGAACCUUAUCCGUUAUAAAGCUCAACCAUCGAUUACGCACUCAGUGUCCCGACACUGAACCUUCAACCUCACAGCGAUCCUUUGCUCCUGCUCGCCAUUACCCCAAGCUUUUACUUGUGGACUGCCUCUGCUGUGGAGUGACUUUUUUGACACAGCAUAGCGGCUGUACUCCUCCUGGCACCAUACGGUGCUUUUGGGUAAUGUUUGAAGCAGGUUGUUUAGUUCAGGUAAUGCUUGUUAUGACUGUAUAAGGGCAUCGGGCAGGUUUUGAUAAAAGCCCUCUUUUAGUGGUGUGUGUGAAGGUCUAGUAUGAUUUUAAAGGAUAAUACCGGUUUGUUGCCAGUUUGUGCCAAUAAUUACGCUACCACUCAUUUCUCUCUACACAGUCAGACAUGUUGGAGAUACAAUCAGGAUUUUCUUCUUCUUCUUCCUCCAUCUUUGCUGCCAUUCAUUUUGUACAGUAUAUUAACAACGACCACAAACCUGCAUUAAGUGAUGUUUUUAUAUAUGUAGAGAAUAAGCAACUCAACCCUCACAUAGACCAACUAUAGACUAUCCAUGUCCAAGCAAACCAGCUCAGACAAGCUGUCACACUUAGCCACAUGAAAUCCCAGAAGAUGGAAGUUUGUGGAAAAGAAAGUCUUACCAGCUACUAGCUAACUAGCGAAGUACAGAUCAAACUAGAGCUGGGUAAAUGUAUGCUCCCAUAUAUUUACCCAUGAUGGUGGUCUACGAGGAUAAAUACAAAACUAGAUCCCACUGUUUGUCAUUGCAUUAAAAGAAAGUAGCUCUAAUAUUUUCUUUUACUUGAGCUUAGAGCCGUGUGUUCUUCAUACGAUGACAGUUUGCCUAAAAUUAGAUUGCAUCGAAUCGUAGUGCCAGAUUCUUGGGCUAAUAUUAAUCAGAAGACCUGAAACACUCGUCUAAAGGGAUGUUUAUGUUGGUAUAUGUCUGCUAGAUAUGCAAGUAGUCAAUACAUUCAUAACAUAUUGGCCAUCACAGCUACGAUCUGUCUCUCAGGGCUUUGUUUCUUUGAGUUGAUUUUGCAGCAUCCCGCUAUCACAAAAAUCACUUAAUGCAGAUUUGUAAUUAAUUAGUCAGCUUUAAACUUUGGUCACACUUUAUCCGUCACGUUGUUGGUACUUGAUGUAGACAAAAUUGUGAUUACUGUCAAUCACAUGACUCCUACAGAAUGAUAUAUAUACCGACUAUGGUAGCAGUUCUUCACACGUCAUCAUGUUCCUCAGACGAGAGCUCAUUUCCAGGUUUAUCGCAGUUAAGUUAGUUUUUUUAGAGACGUCAAAAAGAAUAGUUGAUUGCUAAAUGAAUUGUCAACUAAAUGUAGACGUAGUUAAGGGAGUGUAGUUGUAAACAACACCCGGUAUUCUCCUUUUGAAUCUCUGCUGCACAAACAGGGCUGCACCUGCUCAGCUUCGCAGUGGAAAACCAGAGGGUGCUCGUGCUGUUCGGCCCAUUCUGUGGACCCAGUUUGGACAAAGCAUGGGUGCUUCUACAACAGAAAAAGGGGCUUUGACUUCUGGACACGCACAAUAAAAAGGUGACGGCCUGCGGUGUGGAUGGACUUCAGAAACCGUUUAAAAUCCUCCAUUUUGAUGUAGCAAAGUGGGGGAACUUUAGAAUAUACUAACCCCCCCCAGCAGAACAACUAUAGAUCAACCUAACUACACAAUAACUUAUGAAACCUGUAGAAUACUACACAGAUAAAAAUUGAUAUUUCUAAAAAAUAUUGUACUACAAUGUUUUGAUGUGGUUGUAUUAUCCAUCAUAGCAGUGUUAUUGUCGAGAGUUUUACUUUAACAUUUUAGCACAGAUACUGAGAACUGUCAUGGCAUGAUAAUAUUAUGGUCUCGGUAUAUUGUGGGACAGGCUAUGUCUCUUAGUUUGUUAGCAUCGUUUAAUGUGUCUGAGAUCUCAUGGGUUCACCACACUAGCUGGGACUAGCUGUGUGUACCCUUGAGAACUGUUCACACAGACAUUUGUUAUUUGGUUGUGGCAAAAAUGGAAAGACACUUAAAAAAAAAUGUUGGUUGUCACUUGUUGGUUUUUUUUUGUUUUGCUUUGCCAUGCUCUAUUGUUUAAAAAAAAAAAAUGUGUGAACUUGUUUAUUACAUGUCUGAAUAAGAAAAUAACAAAAUUCAAACAAAAAUCA